AUUUCAGCAAGAUCCUAAAUUUCCCUUUUAGCAUAAAGAGGUAGGCGGCAUUGUAUUUGUUUCUAGUUUCCUGCGUCCAAAAAUUACUCGUACAAUCCUAAAUCGCCUGCCAGUUGGUACUACUCUCUUGGCAGUUACCAAUUACCGCCACAAAGGCCAAAACUUUCAAAACACACUUGAUAAGUUGGCGCUUCAUCUCUUCCUUUUCGUCGCACUUUCUCAAAACCGCAUUUUCGUCUGCUACUUCGCGAGCAAGAGCAAAAUAUCAUUAGUGCGAACUACUCCUACUCUGUUAAUUGAACCAUGUAUUCCGACGAUAAUCUGGAUUUUGAAUUUAAUGAUCCACCCAUUCUUGCCACUAAGAAAAGGAAGAUGUUGAUUGGAAUGGAUGAUCACAAGAAAGAAUAUGAGAAAAUUCGAAAGCAAAAGUCCAGGAAGACGUUGAUUGGAUUGGAUGAUCUUUUCAAUGAUCACAAGAAAGAGCAUGACAAAAUUCAAAAGAUAAAGUCUAAGCCUGUAAAGGCUUCAAGACUUUGUGAUUCAGAUGAUGACGAGGCUAAUGAGACUGAAAAUAAACUUUCUGAAGCCCUUCAUGAUUUUAAGAAGACUAUAUGUGAAGUUGAUGGUCAUGAUGGUGCUUCAAAUGAUAUUGGACAAGAAGAUACUACCCCAAGCUGGGGUCUGCAAGUUUUUGGGACUCAGAGAACUCUUCCCCCGUUGGCUGUUCCUCAGUUAGAAGAUUGUGCACUGUUACAGAAUUCUCUGAAGAUAGAACUUAAUUCACUAUUAGAUCAUAGCUCACAGAUGGGAGAGACAUUUCUCAAAAGAUUACUCUUGAAUGGCUGGCUUUCAAAAGUGAUCAUAACAUGUGGCUAUCUGGAAAAAUCAAUCUCAAAAUGGACAAUGAAUGUGUUGUUAUAUUCAACGGAGGAAUCUCUAAUGGAUUCUGCUUGUGACUUUUGGAGUUCCAUUUUGUGCAAUAAGGUUGAUGCACCAUUGGUUAAGGUUGAAUGGCUCCCUAGCUUUCUGGAAUUAAAUAGAGCUCUUCAAAGCUAUGGAUUUGAGCCGCAUUCAUCAAAAAAUAUGUUGUCUCUUGUCGAAUCAAGUCUUGACGAAAAAUCCAAAGAAUGCAGAGGGCCACCGGCUAAUAUCAGAGCAUGGAUCAAAAUUGUUGAUGUUUUCUGUCAAGCAAGGGGUAGAUAUUUAAUAUUGUCGACAAGUGAAGCAGAAGAGUUAAUAACGUUACUUAUGUGUCUUUUUCUAGAAAGGAAAUUACUAGGCCUUACUAGAGCUUUGCACGAUUGCUUGCUCUCAGCUAUUAACUUCUUUGAAAAGACCGAAUGGUGUAGUAGCUGUAUGAAAGUGGCAAAAGAAAUAGUAGAAAGGAUACCUAGGGAUUUGAAUUGCUUGAAGGCGGUUGAUUGUAUUUCAGGAGUCGAUUCUCGCAGCAAGCAAUUAAGAAGUGUUGUGGCUUUUCAAUUCUUGACAAGCUGUUAUUCUGAGGUACAGCUGAUUGAUACAAAGGAUGUCCUAAAUUUUUUGAUAUCAAAAAAUCUGAAAGACAAGAAGUGCAAUCUUUUCGAGAUAUAUCUUUGCUUAGUUCUUACUGAGAACUGCCUCCUUUUUGGUACUGAACCAAAACCUUUGGUCAGUGAACUGUGGAGCAGCUUUAUCCGCAAGUGUUCAAUCCAAAUUUCCAACACCGAUUUCAGACCUUGUGCUCAAGAGAUACGUAAUCGAGCCUCUUAUUUGCUGCAUAGCACGAUCAGAGACUGAUGGGCUUCUGCGUUUUAUAGAGAUAUGUGAGGCUCAAACUUGCUCGAUUUUCAAAUCCGCCUAGUUUGAUAGUGGGUUCAACUCGUUAGUCAUUUAUGUAUCUUUAUGAUUAGCCGUAUUCAGGGUAUUCAUGAAAUGGUUCUGUACUUAGCUGCAGUCCCCAACUUUGCUUGUAUAGAGCAUCUAUUUACAAAUUUUGUAUGUUCCAGUACUUUCUGCUAUAGCCUAUAGGUGUCACUAUUCGUCCUUGUUAGCUUCUUAGCUAAACUCCCUGGUUCCUUUUGUUGGUUGCGUAGGUCACAGAUUCACAUAGGCUACAAAUCAUGACAAUCUUUGUACAAUGAAAACGAUUCCCAUCUGAUCAUGAGUAGAAUAUGGGACUAAAUUGUGCUUAAACUCGA